UGUCGGAGAUAGAUAAAUUAUUGCAAUACACAAACGCCAUCUGCAAAGUCGUGAACAAAGAGUUGAGAUGACAGAUUUUAAAAUGCCGUGAACAAGGGAGAUACUGACCGCUCGGGGAAAUCUUGCCAUAUCUGAGGCUGGAGUCCUGUGUAGUUGGGUCAGGAUGUCCGAUGCUAACAUAAUGGCCGAAUCUUACGCUGAUGGUGCCAUCAACCUGAGCAGCACAGACUCCGGCCAGUCUGCCAACGACGAGGACAACAAACCUAGUUGUCAUUUCUGUGGCAAAAAGUUUGCACAGUCCAGUUACAUCAAGGCCCAUAUGAGACUACACACUGGAGAGAAGCCAUUCGCGUGCUCCUUCUGUCCCAAACGCUUCAGCGACUGCAGCAAUUGGAAGAAACAUGAGAGAAUUCACAUCAGACAGAUGGGCAUCAAUCCCGACAAAGCGCACAACAUGACAAAACACUCCAUGUUUCUUGUCCAAUCAUCAUACUCUUCACCUAAAUUGAAAAACGAUUUGGGAUCACCAGAAUACGUCUGCAAAAUUUGCGGAAAGUCAUUUGCCAAUGCCAGUAGUUUGACUACACACAAGAGAAUACACAGUGGGGACCGUCCGUACCGAUGUCAGACGUGUGGCAAGUCGUUCACACAGAUUGGGACCCUUCGCACCCAUGAGCGUGUGCACACAGGCGAGAAGCCAUACAUUUGUAAAAUCUGCGGCCAGACUUUUGCCCAGAGCGGAAGUUUUCGUAUGCACGAGAGACGACAUAUGAUGGAGAUGCUUCACAAAUGCCCGGUUUGUCCAGUCAAGUUCCAGCAUUGGGAGGAUGCGAAGCAGCACCUAGCAACCCAUCCAGAGAUCAUCGCUCGCCAUCCUGAAAUUGUUGAGUCGAAUGGUUUCUUAGAGAACGACUUGGCAAAAGCUCUCAAGACUGAAGAAAAUCUACAGCAGUUCCACCAAGCCCUUGCCGCCCAAGUGUCAGAUGAAACCCUCCCACCGAUAGAAACGUUUACGAGCCGCCCGGAUCACCUUCCUCACAGUUUCCCUUUUCCUGCUGGAAUACCGCCCCUUGUGUCUGCCAAUGCCCUUCACUUUCCUGGGAUAUCUGUGAGUGCUGCAGACAUCACUAACCCUGUCAAUGUGUUUUCUUCAGCCAUCAUGCGGGCAGACGCCAUGCACAUACCGACCCGUCAACUACUGGAAGACUACGCCUUGCCAACUUCUACUGCUAUCACUGUGCCAUAUACCGAACCGCUGCCCGUCAUCAUUCAGGACGGUAACGACACUGCCAUCGUCAGCACCACAACUGCUCGUGACCGGAAGUACAGUUCAGAUUCUCACACUUCCCGGUCCGUCUCCACACCAGAUCCUGGUUGUGACACGGGCAACUGCCGUAGCGAGAGCGAGAAGAACGGCAAUUUCCUGGAAAACAUUACUGCCGAUACAGCUGGUGGGAAGACCGGAUCAGAAGACUCGAGUUUGACAAGCGACCAUUCAGACAGCGCCCAAAAUGAGGAAAACAUGGGCAUUAGUCGACAGAAUCUUCACUCGCGCAUGAUCUCCACGACUAACUCGCGGAAACAACGCCAUCCGAUGCGUCGCUAUAGCGGCAGCAGCUCUAUGGCCCCAGACACGUCCACCCAGCCGACCACCAAUCUGGUGGAGACCAGCUCCAACAACUCGGACACCAUCCGAGAAGAGGACAUAUCUGAUGACUUGGUGGGAGGCAAGUUCUAUCGAUGUGAACACUGCCACAUCCUGUUCGAAGAUUGCACCCUGUAUCUGCUUCAUAAUGGCUUCCACUCUCACGACUCCGAUCCAUUCAAGUGUGUCAUCUGUAAAUCGUCCUGCCGUGACCGCAUAGAGUUUAACUGCCAUUUGACCAGCCAUAUAAAGUUAUCAUCCUAAUAUGGUUGACCGGUCUCUGAUCUACUGCUGUCAAGUAGGUGCUGUUUACUGUGGAUAUAUUUGCAGUUGUGUUUUACAGGCUUGCCAAUGAUGUGUCGGAGUUAUCGCUCUCCCGAGAAGUCCUCAAGAGGUAUUAGUUUUAUACAGACGAUUGUAUAUCCGCACCUGAUCCUGGUAUAGCGUUACGAACAAAUAGAAACAUACCACACGGGAAGGUUAGAGGUUUUCAUACUUUUUGUAUGAGUUAUGUGUGUUCGAAGAUCAAAAAAUGAAAAAAAAUCAUCAAAAGGAAAUUUAAAAAAAUAAAAAAAAUACAAUUAUUGAAUUUAUGAUAAAGUGAGAAAACAAAUUGCAAAUAUUUCCAAAUAUAUCAGUGUAAAGUUGUAUUUUUCAUUCCAAAAAAUAUACAUUAUAUAAAUGAAAAACUAUAAAUAAGAUGAACACCGUGUAGUUGUAUAUCCUAUUCAUUGUUUAUUAAAGAAGAAGCAUUUAAAAUGCUGAUUAUAUUAUUAUAGAUUAGUUGUCUCAGUAUACUUCCGAUAUUAACAGAGGUUCGAGUGUAACAAUUACAGAUAGUGGUGUGUAACCUAACGUUCUGAACUUGUAAGAGUUACCUCCCAUCGUUUACUAUAUUUUAGCCUUUGCAGUCUAGAUUGCAAAGGAUCGAAUGGCUGGUAUUGGUGAAUUGUCAUAUCUCUGUGAUGAAGGAUGUAUUUAGUUUUUAUGAAAUGACCAAAGCAAUUUAUAAAAUAUAUAGCUAUAAAAUUAUUCAAAAUGGCUCUAUAUUUUUAUACAAAUAGCAUUCUUUAAUUUUUCAUAUACAUGUCUCAAUACAUUCAACACUAUCAAUAAUGGCUACUCCCUCCUAAAAUAGAUAUGGUUUAAAAUAUUUUAUCAAACAUUUUAUCAAUAUAUUCGUAAGAGCAUUUUUGAAUAUCAUUCAAAUAAUUAUAUACACCAUAAAGAGGAACGCAACGCUUUUAUGCAAUUUAUUUCAUCGUUCCCAACUUUUACAGUGAUAUAUAAAUUUUCCAAUAUUCAUGUGAAAUAAUACCAAACUUUACAAUUUAGCCUAUGACAAGGGCAUGACGUUGGUAGCUGUCUUUUUAAGUGUGGAGUUUCUUUUAUAAAAAAAAUCUUAGUUUUUCAAACAAAUUUAAGAGAUCAGUUUUAAGUUGUCAAAAAAUCCAAUGUUUGUUGAAUUUCUACAUUUUAGUGAUUUUAUCAAUUAAAUUUAUCAAUAAAAACAAACAUGACGAUUGUUUCUUUAUAUGAUAAUACAUUUUCAUUUGCCAAAUAUUGAUCUACAUAUUUUGUACCCUUUUUUACGGCAAUAGCAUUGAUAAUUUUAUUUUCCUUAAAACCAAAAACCAGUUUUCAAAUCCAAAAUGCCUUUAUUGGUGAAGCAUAUAAUUUAAAAAAGAUUCUGUCAAAAUGAUUUUACAUUUUGUAUAUCUGCUAGUUUCGCCUCGGUCUUUAUUAGUUCUAAUUGUUGACAUUUCAAAACUGUAUAUGACAAAUGGAUCUAUUCUGAGUGUUUCAUCUAAAUUCUGAAAUGUAUGCUAUCAUGAAUCAUUAAAAAUAUAUAUAUAUGUCUAUAAUGAUAUAUAUAUUUAUAUAUUCAUAAAUAUAUAUAUGAUUUAGUGGACGAAAGAGUUGUAAUGAAAAUAGAUAUUGUAUAUAAACGUGUAUAUUGGGCAAUUUUUCAUCACCACAUGAAAUGACAUAAAUUUACAAAGAGAUUGAAAUGGAUGUAUUUUGGCUUAGUAUGUACAUGAUAGUAGUUUAGCUACGUGUUGUUGACCGUUCGUCUUACGAUAAAAUUGCCAUUGGUAUUGUCCUAGUAAACGUAUAUAUAAAUAUAUAUAUAUAUUAUAGUUAUUUAGGUGCUUUUUGACUUCAUGUUAUUAUAUCAACUAUUACUAUGACUACGUAUAGUGAUUCAUUGUAAUAGUUUUAAUUGUCGGAUGAUCGUAGAUAUUUUUUCUUGAAAUUGAUAAAAAAAAUGUAUUAUAUUUGCCUCAGUUAUAUGAACUAUAUACAUAGGUGCUUGAUUCGUUGUUGUGUUUACGUAUUAAGUAUUUGAAAUACAAUUAUAUGUAUAUCAACCUUAUUAGUGCUGUUCAUUUAUUGUUGGUUGUUUGUUACUAAGUAGAUAAAAUACAAAGUAUUUCUAUUCGAUAUUUGCUAUUGUUUACAAGGCACACCCAUAUUCGAUACUUGUGACUCUACCAUGAUAUUUUCAGUAUUUGUUUAGCAUUGCAUACAUGAUUAUAAUUAUUAUAUAUAUAUAUAUUUAGCUGAGAUAUGUCAACCAUUGCCUGCCUGUCUUAUUGUAUUGACCAUGUAUUGAUCUUUUUUUUUGAAAAACUCGUUCACCCCCCCAAGACACAUUUGAACUCUUCCAAUUCAAAGGUUGGAAUAGUUCAUUACGAAAUUUCAGGGGUGAACGAGUUAAAUGCUGUAACAGUAGAAUGGCUGUAUUUAUAAUUUGUAUACAUUAUUUUGUUUUAAAUGAGUUCUUUUGAUCAGGCAUCAAAACUUGGUUGUAUUUUGUAUUUCUCUAUAUGUUUUUAAUUAGGUGACUGUAGUUCACCUACAUUCCGUUAAAGUGAUCUAUGAUUAACGAACAGGCUUCAAAAAUUUCAAAAUUUUGUCAUAAAAAUAGGCUUUCUACAUCAUUAUUCAUGAGUAAUG